CUGACCUGGACCGCAAGCUGAAUUGGACUAGGGCACGGAGGGCAGAGGUGGUUCACGGAUUCCAGGCUCAGGACCUUGGUGUGGCCCUGCCCCAUGGAGGCCACAGGGCCCUGGGCCUGGACCCCUGCCAUCGGAACUCUUUUUCCUGACCUGGCCUGACUCUUGUGUCUCCUGGGGAAUGGUCUAACUAUAUACAGUCAGCAACUCCAGCCACUUCACCGCGUUUCCCAACAGCUUUGAGUUUUGGAGGCCCGCAGCCUGACUGCUUUCUCAGAAGCUAUGGUCCACUACCUCAGCCAUUCUGUUGGAGCCAAACUGGCAGAUGAAGGUGAAACCCCUGUACCGUGGACCCCCUGGUCACCUCGGGAAUGAAGGGCAUUGCUGUCUUCCUUGUCUUCAUCUUCUACUGGACAACCUCCACCCUCAGCAGCUUCUGGCAGUUCCAGAGGAUGGUCAAACACGUCACAGGGCGCAGCGCCUUCUUCUCCUAUUACGGAUAUGGCUGCUACUGUGGGCUUGGGGGCAAAGGGCUCCCUGUGGACGCCACAGACAGGUGCUGCUGGGCUCAUGACUGCUGCUACCACAAGCUUAAGGAAUAUGGCUGCCAACCCAUCUUGAAUGCCUACCAGUUCACCAUUGUCAAUGGGACGGUGACCUGUGGAUGCACCAUGGCCAGCAGCUGCCUCUGCGGGCAGAAGGCCUGUGAGUGUGACAAACAGUCUGUGUACUGCUUCAAGGAGAACCUGGCCACCUACGAGAAGGCCUUCAAGCAGCUCUUCCCGACCAGGCCUCAGUGUGGCAGGGACAAACUCCAGUGCUAGGAAGGCCACCCUCGUCCCUCUGUCACCUGCUCUAGUCCCAGGCCCCUUCUGAAGAGCUUUGCUGUCUGGGGUGUGUCUUUUCAGUCAUUAAGGGACUGGAGGUGGAGAAUUCCUGCCCUGGAAACAAACCGUGGGUAUCUGGCCAUUAAGGGAUACCUGCUGGCAGUAGGAAACAAGGACAUAAGGGAGCAGGGGUGGGGGGGGGCAUCCUGCAAUCCCAGCAUUUGAGACAUGGAGGCAGGAGAGGAAGGAGAGGCAGGAGGCCAGGGGCAACCUCCACUAUACGGUAAGUUCAAGGCUAGCCUGAGCUACCUGAGACUAGCUGAAAGGUGCUCUCAAACCCUUCUCCCCAGAAGAGCAGAGAGCCCCAGGAUCCAGCCUAAACUCCCCUGUACCCUCUAUCCUGGUCAGGAUGUGUGUCUGACUGGGGAACCAAGUCAUCUACCCAGGUCUGGCUGGGAAGUGAGCCGGGAUUCUAGAAAACACAGCCCAGGAGCCUCGCCUGGAGUCUCCUCCUCAUUUGCACCAGGUCUGACCUCUCCAGCAGGGUGCAGGCUGCUCCCCUGCUCAGAAGGUGGGCACUGUCAGAACAAUGGUGUGCACCAGUGCCACAAAGAUGUCAUUAGUUAAGAUGACAUCAAGAAAUGAAAAGAGGACGUUCGGGACAGGAGGCCCAAGGCACCCAAAAUCCUCACCCCAAUUUAGAAGCCUUUGGUCCUGUAAGACUUAAAUCCA